GCGAAAUUCAGCGCAAUAUUGUCAAUAAGUUGGAAGCAAGUAAACCAACUGUAUGUGAUACAACUCUGUCGGAAAGGCAAAUAAUGAACCCCCGGAGUCUAUCCAGAAUGGAUGCUGCACUCUGAAAUCGUGUGGAGAAAUGUUAAAACAGUUAUUGUAAAAGAAAAAAGCGAGUCAGAGAUUGACAGCAAGUAUGAGAACGGCAACUGAGAUGAAUAAAAUCUAGUAAUCACAUUUGGGAUUCAAUUUUCAUCGAUUGGAAUUUCGAGAUAGUAGCGCCUAGUUUACACGCUUUAGAAAAAAUAUGCUUGUACUCAACACUUUUCGUCGGUUAAUCAACACUCAGUCGAUGUCAUUCCAGCCAAGGAUUAGAAAAUUAUUUAUUCAAGUCCAAGAAACUCCCAAUCCUAACAGCUUAAAAUAUUUUCCUGGUAAACCUGUACUAGGUUCUGGUACUAGAGACUUUCCAUCCUGCACACAAUCCACGUCUUCCCCGUUGGCUAGACAGUUGUUUCGAAUCGAAGGGGUUGAACGAGUCUUCUUUGGUCCUGAUUUCAUCACGAUUACUAAGAAUGACGACUUCGAAUGGGCUGUAAUAAAACCUGAUGUAUAUGCAACUAUAAUGGAUUUCUACAGUUCUGGACAACCUGUUGUCAGUGAAGAAAAAACACAAGACUUAAAUAAAACCUGUGAUGAAGAAGAUGAAACAGUAUUAAUGAUAAAAGAACUACUGGAUACCCGAAUAAGACCCACUGUUCAAGAAGACGGCGGUGAUAUUAUUUUCAAGGAUUUUAAAGAUGGUAUAGUGCGAUUAAAACUACAAGGAUCUUGCUCAAGUUGUCCUAGUUCCGUAGUUACUUUGAAAAAUGGUGUACAGAAUAUGCUUCAGUUUUAUAUACCAGACGUAUUAGGCGUCGAACAAGUUGAAGAUGAAUUAGAUGCGGUAUCCAAAGAACAGUUUGACAAAUUAGAGCAGAACAUACAUAAUAAAGAGAAAAGUGAAUGAACAAGUUAAUGCGUAGAUUAAACGAUGGGAUAGUAUUUAUUGUACAUCGUCUGAUGAGAGUCACAUGUUAAUAUGAAAUAAUGUACAUACUCGAAUUCGCUAUAGUUUAAUCAAUAAAAUAUCAGUAAUAUAUCUUG